CCACUAAACCGUCACAGAAAAACGUUUGUUUAUUGCAAGUGUAAAUCCACGAUAGUCUAUUAACUCAGUCUGUAUUUAUUUAUUUGUAUACAAAUAUACAUAGCCACGUACAUACUGGUAUAUCAGAGCGGGUUGUUUUCUAUUUCGCACGCAUUUUUUUAAAAAAUUGUAUUUCCGUUCUAAAGACAUUUAAGUGUUCUGCAGUACGGGGUUGUCGAGAGUUUGACAACCAUGGCUGUGGAGAGCUUUGUCAGCAAAACGUUAGAAUUACUAGAAGAGGAGAGAGAGGCAGAGAUUGAAGAAACCAGGUUAUGGCAGGAGAACAUUUCUUUAAAGGAGCUACAACGCAAAGGAGUUUGUCUGCUGAAACUUCACAUAGGGAGUCAGAAAACAGGCUUGUACGGGCGGCUUCUGGUAACAUUUGAACCAAGAAAAUACGACUCGUCUGCUGUACUGUGCAGCAAUAGUUUUGGGCCAGGUGACAUAGUGGGUUUAUAUGAUUCAGUAGGAAUUGGUCCUUCCUCCCAGCUUGCCACUGGUGUUGUGACUCGUGUCACGCAGAGCUACCUGUCAGUUGCCUUUGAUGAGUCCAGUGAUGGCCUGAGUCUGGACAAUGAGGGCCCCUUCAAUCUAUUAAAGCUGGCCAAUGAUGUCACCUACAAGAGACUGAAAAAUGCUUUGAACUCCUUGAACCAGUACAGUGCUGGCCCAGCUUCUAAUCUGAUUGGGGUCCUGUUUGGCUAUUCAGAGCCAAGUCCUUGCCAGGAAACAAAAACUCUAGACCUGUAUAACAGCUCUCUGGAUGAGUCGCAGAAAGAAGCAGUUUGUUUUUCUUUGUCUCAGAAGGAACUGGCAAUAAUCCAUGGCCCUCCUGGUACAGGGAAAACUACCACAGUGGUAGAGCUGAUACUGCAGGCCGUCAAACUGGGCCUAAAGAUUCUUUGCUGUGCCCCAUCUAAUGUUGCUGUGGAUAACCUGGUUGAACGUUUAGCAAGAUUUAAAGCAAAAGUCCUGCGUCUUGGCCACCCUGCUCGUCUUUUGGAAUCCAUUCAGAAAUAUUCUUUAGACGCGGUUCUGGCACACAGCGACAACACUCAGAUCAUCGCAGACAUCCGGAAAGACAUCGAUCAGGCUUUUGCCAAAAUGAAGAAGUCCCGUGACAAAGGAGACAGGAGCCACCUGCGCAGCGAGAUCAAGACCCUGCGGAGAGAGCUGAGGGGGCGUGAGGAGACGGCCAUCACGCAGAUUCUCAAGAGAGCGGAGGUAGUGCUGGCAACUAAUACAGGUGCCUCUGCUGAUGGCCCUCUGAAGCUGCUGCCGAAUGAUUACUUCGACAUCGUUGUGAUUGACGAGUGUGCGCAGGCGCUGGAGGGGAGCUGCUGGAUUCCACUUCUCAAGGCCCCCAAGUGCAUCCUGGCUGGAGAUCACAAGCAGCUUCCACCCACCAUCAAAUCACACACAGCCGCUGCGAAGGGCCUCUCUCUGAGCUUAAUGGAACGUCUGAUACAGAAGUACGGAGACCAGGUUGUGAAGAUGCUGACAGUGCAGUACCGCAUGAACCACGCAAUCAUGCAGUGGGCCUCUGAACAGAUGUAUGCUGGGAGACUGACGGCCCACUCCUCAGUGGAAGGACACUUGUUGAAGGACUUGCCUGGGGUCAUUCCCAAUGAAGAGACCAGCAUUCCUCUGCUGCUGAUAGAUACGGCGAGCUGCGGGCUCUUUGAACUGGAAGUGGAGGACGAGCAGUCCAAAGGGAAUCCAGGGGAAGUUGAAAUUGUGGCAGCUCACAUACAGGCAUUAAGUGAGGCUGGUAUAAAAGCAAAGGAUAUUGCUGUCAUCGCUCCUUAUAAUCUGCAGGUCGACAUGCUGAGACAACAACUUUCCCACAAACAUCCUGAGCUGGAGAUCAAGUCUGUUGAUGGUUUUCAGGGGAGAGAAAAAGAAGCCGUGGUUCUGUCCCUAGUCAGAUCGAACAGAAAGGGUGAAGUUGGGUUUCUGGCUGAAGACAGAAGAAUCAACGUCGCGGUGACCCGAGCGAGACGGCACCUGGCAGUAGUGUGUGACUCCCGCACUGUACGACACCAUGACUUUCUGAAAUCACUGGUGGAUUACAUGACGGAGAAAGGGGAGGUGCGGACUGCAUUUGAAUACCUAGAUGACAUUGUCCCUCAGAACUACACCCGUGAGCCCUCCCAGGAUGAACUGAAGGAACAAAGCAAGGCCAAAGACCCCUCCGGAAAACCGAGGGACAAGAAGCAGCAAGGAAGCCUAAGAGAAAAAGACCGCAACAAGAGCAGUAGGAACAACAAGAACAGUUCUGAGACUGCAAAGCCGCUUAACUCACGAAGAGAUGAAGCCGUGGAGGGCAUGGCAAUUAAAGACAAUUCCGGAGAGUUAAAAGCCAGGAUUUUAGACUAUCUUGAAGACCCUAAUAAGAAAAGGCUGGAUUUCCCACCAUCGUUGAACUCACACGAUCGGAUGUUGGUGCACCAGAUUUCAGAAGAACUGGGACUUACACACGAGAGCACAGGGGAGGGCAAGGAGAGAUACAUCACUGUUUCCAGACCGCACACUUUUCAGAGGUAUUCUAAGGCAAGCACAGAAAUGAAAGUCCAAGAAUCGGUCGAGAAAACCAAUCAAGAAGAUACAGAAGAAAGGGAAGAGAAGGAAGUGCCAAAGGCUACUGAGUGUACAGCUAAAGUGGACUUGAAGACAUUGCACUUGGAACGAAUGCAGAGAGAGCAAGCGAAAAGAGAAGAGAAGGCUAAGCUGAGUCACGGACACCAAGCAACCGCACAGACAAAGUCCUCAAAGAAAUCAAAAAGUGCCAGCAAGGGAAAGGAAUCCACUAAAGGGGCUGACAUUGCUGCCGCUGCCACUGCUGAUACAGAUUUUGACGACCUCAUUGCUGCUGUUGUAAAAGCUGAUAGCAUCUGUGGAUUUUCCAAGUGCAAAGCCAGUGUGCGGACAAUGGGGCAGCACUGCAUACACUGUAACAAGUAUUAUUGCCUCAGUCACCAUAUCCCAGAGGUUCAUGGUUGUGGCAGCAAGGCUAAGGCCCAUGCCCGCAUGAGAAUCAGCCGGGAAGGGGUGCUGUACGCAGGCAGCGGAACUAAAGACAAAUCCAUAGACCCGGCGAAAAAAGCAUACAUGCAGAGGAAACUGGACAAGAAACUAGACGAUUUAGCAACGCAGAGGAAAACCAAAAAGAAGGAGAAGUGAAGCGGGAUGUGCUGUGCUGUUCCUGCACUUUCCAGGGCGAUGUAUUUAUUCUUCAUUUCAGACUCGUACUGUAUGUUGUAUCUCUUGAACAGAAGGCUGUAUGUUUUGGCUUGAAUCAUGUGCAACAUUAAAAACCAGGCACAAUACACUUUUA